GAAUGCUGAUUGGCAGUUAGGGCUGGAGUGGGGGCUGGGAAAACUGUUAUAAAGCUUAAAGGGCUAAGUAAGUAGCUGUCACUUGGAGUUCCCCUGUCCCCUGCCACCAUGGCCACCCACCGCCUAGUAAUGGUUCGCCAUGGUGAGAGCUCAUGGAACCAAGAGAACCGUUUCUGUGGCUGGUUUGAUGCAGAACUGAGUGAGAAGGGAACAGAGGAGGCCAAGCGGGGGGCCAUUGCCAUCAAAGAUGCCAAGAUAGAGUUUGACAUCUGCUACACAUCGGUGCUGAAGCGGGCUAUCCGCACCCUUUGGACCAUCCUGGAUGUUACGGACCAAAUGUGGGUGCCUGUGGUGCGCACCUGGCGCCUCAAUGAGCGGCACUAUGGUGGCCUCACAGGCCUCAAUAAGGCUGAGACAGCUGCAAAGCACGGGGAGGAGCAGGUGAAGAUCUGGAGGCGUUCCUUUGACACCCCACCACCACCCAUGGAUGAGAAACACAACUACUACACCUCCAUCAGCAAGGACCGGCGCUAUGCAGGCUUGAAGCCUGGGGAGCUGCCUACCUGUGAGAGCCUUAAGGACACCAUUGCCCGGGCCCUGCCCUUCUGGAAUGAGGAGAUCGCACCUAAGAUUAAGGCUGGCCAGAGAGUGCUUAUUGCAGCCCAUGGAAACAGCCUUCGAGGCAUUGUGAAACAUCUGGAAGGGAUGUCAGACCAGGCCAUCAUGGAACUGAACCUGCCCACUGGAAUCCCCAUUGUGUAUGAGCUGAACCAGGAACUGAAGCCCACCAAACCCAUGAGGUUCCUGGGAGACGAAGAGACAGUUCGGAAGGCCAUGGAAGCUGUCGCUGCCCAGGGAAAGGCAAAGUGAGGGUGGACAGGGCAAUAAAGUGACUCCUGCACAGUGACAA